GUUAACAAACUUCCGUCAGAUUUUAUUGUUUUGAAUAAGGGUGUACUCAGUAUGGCCAAUCUGUGUAUAGUUAUGUUGUGGUCAGUUGAAUACAACUGAGGUGUCUCCCCUAAUCUAACCAGUGGAAAGAAAAACAUAACAGAUUUUAACCAGUUGUACAGAUCGUCACUCAACUUUUAAAAAAAUGUCACUAGGAAAACGAAAACGAGAAUGUGAACGAUUGUUGCAAAAAGGCGAUGUUAAUGCGUGUUCAGAAGGAGACGUUCCACUUUUGUCAAAGGCUGUAGAACUUGACGAUGUGGAGCUUGUCAAAAACAUCCUACAGUGUGGAGCUGACGUAAACAAAACUGACAAGAAUGGGAGGACGUGUCUUCAUGUUGCCGUCUCCAAGUUGAAAGAGUUUAAUAGUUUCGAAUAUCCAGAUAAAACUUUACAGCCUCGGCUAACACAUAAAAGAAAUAACAAAUCGCUAGAAAUAUUAAAUAUACUACUGGCGUACGAGCUUGAUGUUAACGUCAGUGACAACUACAGGAAAUCAGCUUUACAUUACAGUGUGGAAUAUGAACAGUUAGAAUUUACUAACAUGCUGCUUGAAGCAGGGGCUGAUGUAAAUUUACUUGAUGACAACCACGAAACGCCUUUAAUAAUCGCGUCUCGUUUAUAUCUCAACAUACAUAAUAUGAAGUCUGGUGUCAGUAGAGAAGACAUAUCUGUCUAUAGAGGUACAGUCACAUCAAAAGUUAAGUUAGGUUCUAGGCUCGAAUAUUUGGCCAAAAUAGUAGCCUCUCUAAUCACACCAGCUACCCGUGUGAGCAUUGCUGACAAAGAUGGCUACACGGCCUUACAUUUUGUUGACCAGACAGACAAUGUUGAUCUAGUUGAACGUUUGCUUGCUGCAGGUGGCGAUGUCAGAGAUGCAGCGAACAACAAAGUAGCAGUUCUGCAUCUUGCAGCGAAAAACGGCUCCUGUGAUAUUAUGGAAAUUCUUUUAAAUGAUCCGCACAUUUCAGAUGUAUUAACGCAAGAAUGA